AUGACCACUACAACUCUGUCCCAGGCCUUAUCAGCUGCUCGAAGAUCCUAUGCCUCCAAGAAUCCCAACUCUCUCAAAGCUUAUCAACAGGCUACCGAGUCAUUACCGGGCGGAGGGACCAGAUCGUCAAUAUUCAUUCACCCUUUUCCGCUAUUCAUUGAACGUGGGGAAGGAAGUGAGAUCAUUGAUGUGGAUGGUCAUAAAUAUUUGGAUUUUGUAUCUGAUUUCACGAGUGGGAUAUACGGCAAGACCAACCCUGUGUUGAAGAAAGCUAUAAUCGAGGGGCUAGAUAAUGGAUUACAGCUAGGAGCUCACACCCUUCCCGAAUCCUCACUCUCUUCGGUCCUGUGUUCCAGAUUCCCGUCCAUGGACUUGAUCCGAUUCGCGAACUCCGGAACAGAAGCGAACAUACUGGCAAUUUCAACCGGUUUGCAUUAUACUGGAAGAAAGAAAGUCGUCGUGUUUGAAGGAGGUUAUCAUGGGAGUGUGUUAUCCCAUUUUGGAGAAGAUGGAGGAGAUCUCAAAGUACCUUAUGAUUUCGUGGUUUGUCCAUAUAAUGAUAUCACCGGGACGAACUCGAUAAUAAGGAAGUAUGCCGAAGAGAUUGGAGUGAUAAUUGUUGAACCUAUGUUGGGUGCAGGAGGAUGUAUCCCAGGCAAUCCAGAGUUCUUACAAUCCCUUCGUGAUCUAUCUACCGAGAUAGGAGCAGUAUUGGUAUUUGAUGAAGUUCAGACUGCCAGAUUGUCUAUAGGAGGUAGACAGAAGAUAUUAGGGGUAACUCCAGAUAUGACUACACUAGGGAAAUUCUUCGGAGGCGGAUUUGCAUUUGGUGCUUUUGGGGGUAAAAAGGAGAUUAUGAGUUUAUUCGAUGCCCGACAACCCAAUUCCAUCUCUCAUGGAGGGACAUUCAAUAAUUCCCCUUUGACGAUGAUAGCUGGUUUGACGGCUGUUCAACAUAUUUUGACUGAAGAGAAUCUAAGUAAACUUAAUGAAUUGGGUCACAGUUUGAGAGAGAAUCUGAAUAAGGUAUUCGAUAAUGAGGAAUUACCAUUCGAGAUGACAGGUCUAGGAUCGAUUAACCAACUUCACUAUACCUCUCCCAGUCAGAAACGAGAAGGUUUAGAUCUAUUCUUUUUUCACCUGUUGGAUAGGGGAUACUGGAUCGCUCAGCGGGGUUUGGUAUCUUUGAAUUUUGCAAUGACCGAAAGCGAAGUAAAAGGGUUCAAGGAUGCUGUGAUCGAGGCUGCUAGAGAAGUGAAGAGUAGUACAUAG